UCUUUUACGCUGAAGCUUAACCUAUUGUUCCAAUGAUUUAUGAGCUUCGGUGCUAGACAGAACUUUAUGGCGCGUGCUGAGCCCACGAAAAUGUUGGAAUCAUGAGAAUUACUAUAUUGCUUCCAGUUGUGUACAUUUUAUCUCUAUGGCUAAGGGAAAAAUAAGAGGUUCUGACUCUAACAAUAAGUUAACAGCAUCAAAUGCAGCAUUUAAAAAUGGAGAAACAUAUACAUCAGAAUUUGAGAUUAAUGAGACACCACCCAGUGCUAGGACUUUACUUACUAAAGGUUACACGCAAGACGAAAUUAAUUCGUAUUCAGGAGCAACUGUAUCGACACGUGGACGUUUUAUGACAGAACAAGAAAAGUUACGUUGUCCAAAUGAAAGGCCAUUAUAUCUCUACAUACAAGGACAUGCAAAACAUAAUGUUGAUUUGGCAAUACAAAAAAUCAAUGAAAUUAUUAAAACGGAACAUCAGAGUUCGCUAAAUAGACCAAGCCGGUUUACAAAUGCUCCACCACCUCUUAUGAGUUUACAUUCUGGAGUUACCAGUGUGGAAAAGAUUUGUGUUGGUAUUGAGAAUGCACCACAAGGCUUUGAUUUACGUGGGCGAAUACUAGGAGUAGGUGAUGCAAAUUUAAUUUAUAUUAGAGGCGAAACUGGUGCAAAUGUAACUUUAAGAGGUAGAGGAUCUCAGUUUGUUGAUCCAGUUUUGGGAGUAGAAUCUCCAGAACCACUUCAUUUAUACAUAGAGCAUCCAAAGCCAGAAGCACUGCAAAAUGCAAAACAAUUGGCUAUUAACUUAAUUCAAACAAUACAAUCUGAAUUACAAACUUAUAUUCAACAACAGCCGCCACCAGUACAACCUCAACAAGUUAUAGAGCAAUCACAGAUACCUCAAGCCCAAUUCCAAACUAUGAAUAUUGGUAGCUUAGGUCAGCCAAACGUAGUUGCGAUACAGCAUCAAGAUAUUAUACAACAUCCACAAAGUAAUGUUGUAACAUUGCCUGCAACAAUUCUUACGGCUACUGUAGCUGGUACUCCAGGACCUGGUGUAUCAGUUCCUCCUCCAGGAGUACAUAUACCCCCUCAUACUGGACCAUUAGUUCCACCUCCACAAGCACAAGAAAUACAAACUUUUAUGCCACCACCACCUGUUGGACAGGUACAAUUAAUCGGUCCUCCAUCAACAGUAAGUCAAGUUCAGUAUCAGAUACAUCCUGGUCAGCCGUUACAAAUCCAGGGAAUUCAACCAGGAUCGCAAUCCUCGCCACAACCUGUGGCGCAAAUGUAUGUCAUGAGUCAACCGCCGCCGCAAAGUCCCGCACAGCAAAGUUUCAUAACGAGCAACAACGCUCCGAUAAAUGGAGCAGUGUCGUACGUAUAUACACAGCCGAACGUACAAAGGCCUGCUACGCCGUCCCAAGGAAUUAUCGAAACUGUUAACGUCAAUUUACAACAACCUCCUCCAGCGGCGCCGCUUAAUAUAACGCAACAACCACCACCGCCGUUAUUGCAUCUUCAUUUUCCGCCACCGAACUUUCCGCCAAAUCAACCACCUCCUCCCGUCCCGCAAACCUAUCAGAUACAGUAUCAACAAGUACAGGCACCUGCGUCGCAGUCGCAAACACAGUUUGUUUUACAAUCUGGCGAACACAUUGUUCCACCUCAGUUGCAACAGAAUCAUGAGCAAUCUCAAGCUGUCGCUCAACAUAUAAUACCUCCACAAUUCGAAGGUCAUGCACCGCCGUUCCAUUUACAAGUACCUCCACCACCGUCUGCGCAAACUUUCCUAGUACCUAAUGCUCAGUCUCCCCAACACCAUCCACAACCACCGCUUCCUCCCGGCGGUGAAAUUCAGCAUCAGGAGGGUCCGGUAGAACAGGGACCACUGCCGCAGCCGGUACCCCCCCCGCAAAUAGUACCGCCGCCGUCAAUUAGCCAGAUGCCGAAUUCCAUGAAUAUUCUUACCAGCGUACCGCCACCAACGCAGCCGCCUCCACCACAGAACGCUCCGUGGUUAUAUCAAGCUCAGCAACCACAACAGAUACCACAACCACAAGGGCAAUUGCAGAUGCAAAUACCACCGCAGAAUAUACCUCUUCAUAACGUACCUCCACCACAAGUUCAAACUCAAAUACAAUAUCAUCCUCAACACAUACAAUAUCAAAACGGUCAUAUACCAACGCAAGUGCAUUAUGCAAUGCAACCACCGCAUCAGCAAUUCGAACAGAAGCCUGAUUCGCCAGAACAGCAAAAAUCACAUGGAGUAAAAAGAAGGUUUUCCGACGUUGAAGGAGGUCAGGAACCACCACCACCACCGCCAUAUCAAUGUGCUCCAUUACCUGCACAACGGCAUGGCACAGGCAGAGAAGGUGAUCGACAACAGCAAGUCUUACAUGGCCCAUCACCCACACCUGCGGGUCUACCACAUGGAGAUCGAAGCAAGAUGCUAAUGCCACCUCCACAUCCAGGUGAGAAACGGAAUCUGGACCAAAAGCCUGCAGGAUUAUCUUCAGGAAAUGAUCAAAAUAUAAUGGCGGAAUCUGGAAAUAUUCAUGUUGGCAACGGUCCACCUCUACCACCUGCAUCUUCGCCGCAGGCACCAUGGCAAAAUCAUCACGUGAGAAUUCCUUGGGGUAGACCACCGCCGAUUCCAAGGGAAGGAGAGCCUCCUACAGUCUGUCCCGGAUUACCUCCUAUUAACAUGCCUCCACCUCAGAUCAGGUCACGAGGUCCCACUGAUGGUAAUCGUUCUCCUACUCAGACCGCCGUGUUAGAGCAGCAGUUAAACGUCGAAUACAAUCAAAUGCCGCCCUAUACGACGAAACCGCCACCUUACAACGCACAUCCAUUGAUGCAAUCGAUCUGCAAUCCGCCACCGCCACCGCCGCCGCAUCAUCAACAACCGCGGCCGCAGCAUCCUGCACAAACGGUGCAGCAUUACCAGGUGCCAAUCUCUCAGACAUAUCAACCGCCGACAUCCUGUCCACCAUGGAUGAACUAAAAAUGAAGCUAUACUAAACAGCAUUUCUUGUUAUGUCACUUCUACUUAAAUAAUCAUCAAUAUGAUUUUGAUAAAUUCGACGUUUUUUUGACGAGAAAUAUAAUAAUGAAGUGCUGAGACUUUUAAGCUGCAUAGA